AGGUGGCAACCUGACCAGACUUCCUGUUGUACUUGAUCAGUACACUCCUGAUAUGGAUCGCCUUCCAGAGUUCAUGUUGAGUCUAGAAAAUGAUGUAGGUUUCCUUUUAUUAUGCUGCCGCGUUCAUUACAUAUGGUAUUUUAAAUUUGAUCAUGAUAUUUGUUUAUCCAUUCCCUGCUGAGAUGAUGGCAAGUAGGUUUUCAGGCUGAUACCGUGUUCAAAUUUUAAUUUUGGUGUUUCAUGUAGAUAUGGCAGCCAGCUGUCCAGAAGUAACUUAUGUUUCUUAUUUUGUACUGUAUAAGUCACUUGAUUACCUGGGACGUUGAGAAAGAGUGCUUCAGAACGGCAGCAGCUGCUAUCGGAAACUUCUAUGCUCUUCAUCCUCCCAUCCUUCCAAAUCCAUCUGGCAAAGGCAUUCAGUUAUACAAGAAAAAUAAAGAUUGCAUGGGAAGUGCUGAACAGGCUGAUAACAAUUUACCAAGUACAGAUGAAGAUGACAUCGAUCAAGAGCUGCUUGCGGAAGCAGAGGCAGCAUGGGCUCAACGUGAGUGGACCAUCCAGCACGUCUUGUUCCCGUCGAUGCGACUUUUCCUCAAGCCCCCUAAGUCGAUGGCAACUGAUGGAACGUUUGUCCAGGUGCCCCUCCUAACCUCGGUUCAGCCCUCCUUCAUAGUAUAUGUUUGUAGCUAUACGUGCUUCAGUGUUUUACUUAUGUUGGUGCACCAUAGUCUGUUACUGUGCUCCUCUCUAUUUUUUACUGCUCAAUGUCGGCGCCACAAUGUUGCCCAUUACGUUUUUCAUACAAGCAUUGACAUUGUGUUGCCUAAAAGGUUACCUAAAGUCGUAAGAUUCUGGCAUCGAACACUUGGCAUAGUAAUUUCCCCAACAAUCACCAAGCCACAUACAGACGACAUUGUUGAGAGUAUGCAAAUCCGACUUUGUUUCGACAGCGAUAUAUCUGAGAGACAUACGGACAUGUCUACGAACUCAUCUCCAAUUUAUAUUUGAGGUAUUCUUUUUUAUUGUUUGUAGUAGAGAUUAAUUUUUCCAUGUUUUUUAGAACAAUUUAUCCAUGAUGUGUAAACGUUGUUGGCAAAAACUGAUUAUCAGCCUUAUGUGUGACUUCCUCCAAUAGAAUUCCCCAGCCUUAAAUCCAAAAUCUGGAAGUGGACAUAUCAAUCCAGUCUGAGGUAUUCCUGGAUGUUUUUUCUUAGUUUCUAUCUAUUAUUUUUUGUCUUUUGAGUUAUGUUGAUGUGAAUGCAACUACUGGAUGAAGUAUAUGAAGCAAUUGCAUCCGAAGAUGAUUUCUUAGUAUGACAAUUACAGUAUUCUAUUCUCAAGAUCGAUAUCCCGAAUUACAAUUAUGUAGACUCGAGCUUCUGCAUCAUUCCAUCAAGAUUUGUUCCGUGGAGAUAAAAUUAUGCCUAACUUUUCUCUAUGUUGUGCUGAGAAAACCUUUUCACGAUCAAUCCUUUUACCACCUCCUAUCAGUUAUGCAGCAGCCGAGCUCACCUCAAGGGAGUGCGUUGUGCCUGGCGCACUCAACUCAGUGGAGCGCAUGGCGAUGGCUGAAGUUGUACUACUCCAGGUUUCAUUUGUCUAAUUGAGCCACAUUUGGGAUUUUUGUUGUCGAUUUUGGGAGAGGAAGUGUUUACUUUAGAGAUGCAAAAUUUGUUCCAAAAACCAAAGGAAAUGAUGUAAGUCAUUGAGUGUCAUAUGGUGAAACAGUUUCUUGAAGGACUAGGAUAAAGUGGUUGUAUGUCAUGAACCUUUCCCUGAAAGGCUUGAGAACCACAUCCAAAAUCCAAAGGAAAUGUUGUAAGGCAUCGAGUAUUGUAUUUUUUCUAUCGAGGGAUAUCAUCCAGAAAAAUAGAAUUCAUGACACUGCCAAUGGGUGGCAGUGCUAGCUGCA